UAAAGCCAAUACUACUCCGUUGUCUCCAUUAUCUUCCUCUCUCCCACCAGAUCCCGAGAAGAACUUCAAUGACUCCUCAAAAACCAACCGGAGAAAUAGCAGAGCAGAACAAAAGUGGGAUUUUCAGCUUUCUGUAUCUCUUCGACGAGCAAUGGUUCUUCUGCAACGCUCUGAAAUUGCCGUCGGUGUUGAUUGAGAAGACGACUUCUUCUUCGGCUCGCCAAUUGGUAAGAACUCCGUCAGUGCUGCCGACCGGACAAGAAGGUUCGGCGCCGGCGAACUAUAGCUCCGGCAAUGGUCGAAAGCUGAGAUGCUCUUGCUGCUCCUUAGAAGCUACUGUUCCGCAGUCUGUAUUUUCUUAUUCUGCUCCGAAGUGCAUCAGUGAAAAGCAGAGAGCAGCCAGAACCGAAGCUCCAGCCCGGCGCUGCGCGAAUCCGCACCUCAUCCUGUGCUGGGAAGCUAGAAACAGAAAGACCCUUCAAUAUAAGAAAUGGAGGAGCCUCGGAGAUCUGGAGACGAUGGAGUUGCAGGGCUUCAGAGACCUCGGCUUCGUGUUCGAUGAAAGGGAAGGACUGUUUCGAUGCAUUCGAGGGAGAAAGGAGGAGGAGGAAGAAGAUGGGGGGAUGAAGAGUUCUUAUCUACCGGCGGCUUGGUUGACGCGGAGGCCGGCUCCGCCGAUGGUUUUAGGGUUAGGGUUUUGGUCGGGGGAGGAGAUGAAGGAGCAGCUACGGUUCUGGGCCAGAGCGGUGGCUUUUAAUGUUCGGCAGGAUUGCUGAUGGAUUUUAGCAGUUUAUGCGUUGGGAAAUGGAAAUUUACAUACGUACCCACCCAUACGCAACAAUGCAUACAUUAGGAGAGGUUAUACAGAGGGUAUUGGGGGUUAUAUCCGUGUUAUACCCAUUGUAACUUCCUAUAACCUACCUGCAACCUACAAAUAAGUUUUGCACUUCUGUUUUCAUAUAUAUGUAUGUUACAGACAUGUUAUAUGGAGGUUAUAGGAGAUAUAACACAGAUAUAAUCCCUUGAUACAGGAGAUAUAACACAGAUAUAAUCCCUUAAUACCAAGAUAUAACCUCCCCAAUACCCUCUCUAUAACCUCCUGACAUACGCAACGCUGCGUACUUCUUCCGUACGCAAAAUUUUCUCCAAUUCUUUUGUGUUUAUUCUCACAUCAAAGCUUAGUUUUUUAUAACUGAAGCAUCUUAGAUUUAUCUAUUGUAUGGUGUAUAAAAGUAUGAACUGAGAGAUGAGUUUGUAAAAAUGAGAGCUUUUGUGUGAGACAUGUAAACGCAUCAUAAUUGAUGGUGUGCAUGUAAAUUUCCCUUCUUUUUUGGGGG